CCAGAGCCGGGGGGGCCCCAGUGCGGGCAGCAUCAGGAUAGGCGGAAAGCAGCGCGAAGAACGGCCCAGGAGUGGCUGCUAUUCGUCCGAGCCUCUCGGAGCACACUCCCUUCGUGGCGGCGGCCGCGUAAACAACGGCGCCAGGCGUCCGCCCUUCCCCCCGCCCGCGCGUGUGCGCUAGAGAAGCGGCCACUUGGUCGGCCCCGAGUGGCGCACAAGUGGGGCCUCCGCGAGUGUCCGGACCGCGGCCAAGUGCGAUGUUGGCCAGCUCGGCGACGCCCUUCUCCGUCAAGGACAUCCUCAACCUGAGCGACAGCGGCGUGGACGAGCUCGAUCCGCAGGCGCUGCUGUACCAGGCGCAGAGCCUCGAGAAGGCCUUCUUCGAGGAGGCCUGUCACGAGGGGCUGCUCGACGCGGACGCGCUGCUGCUGCCGGCCGCCGCCGACUCGGGGGCAGCGUCAACGGCUGGCGGCGGUCAGUGCGCACCGCACCUCUGCCUGCCCUACCACGCACACUGCUUCGAAGGAGGUCCCGGGCUCGAUCCCGGCUACGCGCACCAAGACGAGGCGCCGCCGGCCCAGCUGGCGCAGCACUGCGCGAGCGGCCGCGCCGACAUGCUCAGCCAGCAGUUUGCGAGUGACGCAAAGUCCGGCGGCUGCCGGGAGAACGGCGCCCGACCGCGCAAGAGGAAGAAGCCGCGGGUGCUCUUCUCACAGUCACAGGUGUACGAGCUGGAGAGGCGCUUCAAGCAGCAAAAGUACCUCUCGGCUCCGGAAAGGGACCACUUGGCGAAUGCCCUCAAGCUCACGUCGACUCAGGUGAAGAUCUGGUUCCAGAACCGGCGUUACAAGUGCAAACGCCAGAAGCAGGACAAGUCCCUGGAGAUGGUGGCGGCUGCCACCGCGCGCCGCGUGGCUGUGCCCGUGCUGGUGCGUGAUGGCAAGCCGGCUGCCGUGCCGUUUGCUCCGUCCGCGUACCCAAUGCACCCAUACUUUGCCGGCACCGCUACCCUGGGCCCGCCGCCGCCGGCGCAGCCGCAGCCGCCCACCCAGCCGCCGGACGUGCUUCUGUACCCGACCAUGGUGGGCCACAAGCCGGCCUCCGCCACAGCCAUUAAGUCUUGGUGAACGCAGCAGAACUGCGCGUAUACAUCCUGCGCGAGUGGGUGCGUUCAUGUGUGUGUUUCGCGCUGCGCGAACUUCUGCAGCGUAAUUCAUCUCUCGCAAGCGUCGCUUGCACUGCUGCACCGUCCACGAUCUUGAAGGAGAAAGGCUCACGGGGCCGGGGGAAAUCAUGACCUGUACCUAUAGGGGCGUACUUGAGGAAGAAAUGAAGGUCCCAGUAACGAGAGCAGCCAUCUACGAUAGUUUGGUACCUAAAAAUCCCUGGCAAUACUGACACACUACAACAUAUACACCAAAUAGACUUGUUCGUCCCAUCAAUACUAGUGUUGUAGCAUUCAAAGGAAAUGUGGCAUCGAACAAGGUAAGGGGUGCUCUGACUAUUAUAGCGUGAGAGCGAAGUUAAAGCUUCGAAAAAAGAAAAAGAACUUGCAAGAAGAAACACAUUAAAGAAAAAAAGAAAGGAAAUAUCGUCUAGGUGACAUUUACAUAAUAAAAAUAAGGUGUAUAGAUUUGACAAACGAAAAUAUAUUCACCUUUGACUCACGCAAAUUAACUGCUCUUGUGUUGUACGCCCGAAGUACCGACAAGAGCACCUUGCGUUCUUGAAAAUGGCGUAUAUGUUGGUCAGAAGGACAAUUAAACAUUCAUUUCGACACAAACUUAUCUGGCCGAGGCACUUAUUGAGGCAGUAAUAGCACACCUCGGAGAGUCGACGCUGAGCCACGACUGCGUGUGCAAAUCUGGUGCAACAAGACGAAUGUGAUUUUCAGUUUACUAAUUCAAAUAGUCGUUAUAACAUUCUCCAAUAUCCCUCCAACAGGUUUCAGCAUUACUUUACAACAAGGAAUUUCAAUGCAUUUUAAACGAUUGAGGCGGGUGUCCCCGCAAUAAUCAUGGUCACACGCCUAUACAGCCAUGAAGGGGUGACAGGGCAUUAUAUACGACACUAGCUGCUUCAACUGAACAUAAUUAUUGCAACACACGAGACUGUUGGUUUCAGGAAUCCUUUAUUGCGUCCCGGCCAAGCCAUUUGUUGCAUGAAUCCUAUUUUGCGUAUGCGUGAAAAAUAUGCUAUUCAAGUGAUAAGAUGACCGGCGAGCGCUAGCAGUGAGCAUGCAGCGCUGCGCAUGUCCAUGCUCUGCUGUAUAGGCUUUGAGUAACACAACUAGUCGGACAACCUAUACCACUGUACUUGUAUACUUGAGGAGGGUGAAUGUAAACUUGCCUCAUAUCAUGGGCCCAAAGAAGGCCUUGGUCUGUACUCCUCACAGGGAUACAACGUUAAACGCGUUCUAAGAACGCGGCUGAAACAUGUAUGACCAUAAAAUGUGU